AAAAAAAGAUAAUCGAUGGCGACUUCAUGACGGAGGGAAUCUACCAGAGGGAGCUUGCUGUUGUUCCUCUAUCCCUCCGCUAAUAACCUUCAAAUUCAACUUCUUUUUCCGGCUUCUCUGAUAAACCCAGGCCGUGAUAAUCGCGUCUCGUCUCUUCGCCUUCACGCCUUGGUUGGACGAUCCCGUUCAUCUCCCAGAUUUGCCAUUCGAUUACAGAACGAAAGAACAUACCACUUCAACGAUCGCAUACGUCUCAAUAUUUCAUUUCCGCGUUAGGCAUGCGCCUAUGGAGCAGCAAAGGCAGUCAAUGCCUUCUGUGUACACUGCACCCGAUAGUCCGUCCUGCAAAUCGGGCCUUCGCAACUUCGCCGGUGCUGCAGAGAAAAGCGGGGCAAAAGGAUAGAGGCAAUCGGGCUAAGAAAGAGCAAGAAAAGAACGCAUCACGUCCCAAGUUUCCUCCUAGAGAACGCUCAACAUUGACCGGACCUGAUUUUGUGGCGGUCGUCAAACAAAGCCUUGAAACCUAUCACAGCAGGCUCACGAGAGCGGAAGAUUCGACGUCCUUGAAGAGGUGGGAUGCCUUUCAACGACAGGUGCUGAAUGCAUGCAAAUUAGACGAUCGCAAAACUACCGCGGCCGCAGGUGCUUUGCGCCGCCUCAAGAAUGCCUUGCAUCAGGCCCACAGCAACUAUGGACUUAAGGGACUGAGAGACGAGCUGGAAUUCCAGAUGUACUCGGAAGAUAUCACGGCGGAAUAUGGGGCACCGAACCAGGUCCGGCAGAGGAUAAUCGCGGAUAUGCGACGUCCGACGGAGCUGUACCCGCAAGCGCGCGCCAUCCAGCGCACCAUACACUUACACGUCGGCCCCACUAACUCGGGGAAAACGUACCAUGCACUGAAACGCCUGCAAACGUCCAAGACUGGCUUUUACGCUGGGCCGUUGCGACUUCUGGCCCAGGAAGUGUUCCAGCGCUUUUCGACGGCUGGAAUCCCCUGCAGCUUGAUCACUGGUGAUGAUGUCAAGAUUCACGAAGGUGAAGGUGAUGAGCCGGCAGGGAUUGUCAGCAAUACGGUGGAGAUGGUUAGUAUAGGACAGUCAUAUGAAGUCGGUGUCAUCGAUGAGAUCCAAAUGAUCAGUGAUACUCGGCGUGGGUGGGCUUGGACCCGUGCCUUUCUGGGUGCUCGCGUCCAAGAACUUCAUCUUUGUGGUGAAACCCGAGUGGUUCCUUUGAUUCGAGAGCUGACUGCUCUGACUGGUGACAAACUCGAGAUUCACCGCUACGAACGACUGAACGAAUUGAAAGUCGCUAAAAAGAGUCUCGGGGGCAAUCUAAAGAAUCUUCAGAAAGGGGACUGUGUUGUCUCCUUCUCACGCGUUGGGAUUCACGCUCUGAAAGCGGAGAUCGAAAAAGCCACGGGCAAACGCGCAGCUAUCGUCUAUGGGAGCUUGCCGGCCGAAAUCAGGACCCAGCAGGCUGCACUCUUCAACGAUCCGAACAAUGACUACGACUUUCUAGUUGCCAGCGACGCUAUUGGCAUGGGUCUGAACCUGAGCUGCAAGCGUAUCAUUUUUGAAACCGUGGUCAAGAUGCUCCCGGGAGGUCUUGUACGGCUCACUGUACCAGAGAUCAAACAGAUCGGAGGGCGAGCAGGUCGUUAUCGGCCUGCUGUGCAGCACGGGAAAGUUUCCCAAAAUGAGACAGAAGACAAUGUCGGUUGGGUGACAUCCCUUGAGGAAGUUGAUCUACCUUACAUCCGGCAGGCAAUGGAUAUCGAGCCCCCUCCCCUUGUUGCGGCGGGCUUACAGGCUCCGGACUCUGUCUUCCAGAAGUUCUCGGCUCAUUACCCAGCGAACACUCCCCUGGAAUAUCUGAUCAAGCGCAUUUUGUCGGUCGCACAAGUACAUCCAUUAUUCUUUCUGUGCGAUCCUCGCAAUCAGCUCGAAAACGCCGAGAUCAUCGAUGCCGUCGAAGGGCUGCGCAUCCCUGACCAACUGACUCUCAUGGCCGCACCUAUGUACGUCAAGGAUAUCAUUGGCCGGGAUGCAGCUGUUGAUUUCGCUCGCGCCGUUGCUGAGAACUCUAACGGUCAUCUUCUAAGCUUUUCGAGCCUCAAUCUGGAGAUUCUCGAACAAGAGGUUUCAGGCAGCAAAGAUUACACCACAGAGUUGGAAUCUCUGCACAAGUCAAUCGUCUUAUAUCUCUGGCUGAGCUUCCGUUUUGGUGGCAUUUUCACGGACCGGACUCUAGCCAUGCACGUUAAGGAGUUGUUGGAAGAAAGGAUGGUCCGGGCUCUGACAGAAUUCUCUGCCAACAAGAAGCUCAGAAAGGACUCUUCUCUCCGACGGCAACAGGCUCUUGAGAGACAGAGUUUGGAAACACAGCGUCUGCUGGCCGAGUCCGCCGAUACGACCUACGGUAGCGGCAUGACGUUGCUUGAUGGUCAAGCGCAAGACGACGCGCUACACACCGAUGACUUGCUGGAAGACCCUGUGCUGGAAGACCCCGUGGAGGAAGCUAAUCUGCAGGAAGAUAGUGCCCAGGAAGAGCCUGUCCAGGAGGAUCAGACCCAAGAAAAGUCGAGUGCCCAAGGAGGAUCUCACUAGGCUCAUAAUCGAAGAGACUGCUCUUUCAUGAAUUGAAGCGCAUGUUCGUGCCAAUCAUGUUAUGUUCUUGUGUAUAUAGAACUCGGGUGGACUAUGAUCCUUGCGGACUUUUUGUAUACUAGAAACUGAGGAAAGGAACAAAUGUACAGAGAU